UAGCCAUUUUAACAUUAUUUGUUCCUUUAUUUUGAGAAUGCAUGUUGAAAUGGGUUCUUCAAAAAUAGGUCAUAUAGAAAUUAAUAUUCCUACUAAAUUUAAAGAUACAAAAAAUACAACCACCAAAGAACCAAAAAAUAAUGUAGAAAUUAAGGGAAAAUGGUUUAAGAAUAUGUGGAAGUUUUAUGUGGAUGAUAUAAAUAGAAUGAUAUUUCCAUUUAAAGUAGGUUUAGCAGUGUUUUUGGUUUCUUUGCUUGUUUUAAUUCCAGCUACUUAUCAGUUUUUUGGUGGCAAUAAUCUCAUUUGGGCAAUUCUUACUACUGCUAUAAUGUUCGAAUAUACUGUUGGAUCGACAUUUAGUAAAGGGUUCAACCGAGCUUUAGGAAGCUCAUUCGCUGGCAUAUUAGCCAUGGCUAUUGCUCAACUCGCCCUAUUCACAGGAAGCUCAAUCGGUGUCCCUAUCAUCCUAGGUGUUAGCAUAUUCAUUAUAGGAUGUUUUGAUGUAGGAGUAAUUACUUCAUUCAUGAAGAUAUGGCCAUCACUAGUACCACACGAGUACGCUUUCAGGGUCACAUUGUUCACGUUCUGUUUAAUCAUAGCUUCCGGCUACCGGAUAGGUCACCCUAUUAAGGUGGCUACGGACCGCCUUUACUCGGUGGCAAUCGGAGGAAUCAUAGCUAUUUUGGUGAAUGUGCUUGUAUGUCCUGCUUGGGCAGGGGAGGAGUUGCACAAGGAAUUGGUUGAUAGUUUCUAUGUGCUGGCUGAUUCACUUAAAGAAUGUGUGAAAAAAUCCAUGGAAAUUGAUGGAUCAGACAACACAAUAUUCUCGAGAACUGUUCUAGAUGAGUUUCCAGAUGAACCUGCAUAUAAAAAAUGCAGGAGUUUGAUUUCAUCUAACAAGUUUCAAACUUUGGCAAAUUCUGCAAAAUGGGAGCCUCCGCAUGGAAAAUUUAAUCAAUUUUCGUAUCCUUGGCCUCAGUACGUUAAAAUUGGUACCAUUUUAAGGCAUUGUGCUUCUGAAAUUAUGGCCAUUCAUGGAAUUCUGCACUCUGAAAUACAGGCACCUUACAAACUUCGAGUAUCAUGCAAGAAAGAGAUAACAGAAUUAACAGAUGAAGCAACAAAAUUACUGAGAUUAUUGGGCCAAGACAUUAACAAUGUUAAAAGAAGCCUUCAAACAAGCACAUCAAUUCUUUAUCAAUUACAUAUCUUAUCGGGCCGACUACAAUGGGCUGUAAAUCAACAUUUGUACCUAAACAUAAAGCCCAUUUUCAUUGAAGAGAUCCAGCCCAAUACCAAGCCUAAUGGUUUAGUUAUGGAUAAUAUGGCCCAAAAUGGCCCAUUAAAAUCCUCUUACCAUAAGAUGAUUAUGAAGAAGCAAUUAAAGAAACUACACUCUUGUCCAAUUAUUGAAGUUAAUCAUGGUUUAGAUCAAAUUGGAGUAAUUGAAAGUGGUUAUUGUGAAGUAAAUGAAAAAAUAGUUCAUAAUAUGAAGACAUUGGAGAGUAGUUCAGCAUUAUCACUUGCUGCUUUUGCUUCUUUGCUUGUUGAAUUUGUGGCAAAAUUAGGUCAUCUUGUUGAAAUAGUUGAUGAACUCUCUAAGAUGGCCAAAUUCAACCAAUAUGCAAUCAAUCCAAUUUAAUUUUUUGGGUUUUUGAUAUGUGGAGAAUAAUGACAUGGAAAAGAAUUAGCAAUAUUCUAACUAGAUAAUAUGUAAUUUAUGCUCACAUCUUGUAUCAAAAAAAUAUUUUUUACGAUGUCUGAA